GACAGUGGCGGGGAGGGACGGGCGGCCCCGGGUCCGCCAUGGCCGCCCCGCCCGAGCGGCGCUGCUGGGAACGGGAGCAGGCCCGGCUGAAGGCCGGCGUGGUGGAGCAGGACACCGAGGAGUGGCAGAAAGACCCGAAUUUCGCCGGGCUGGAGAGAGUGGGAGGUGUGGAUUUAUCCUACAUCAAAGGAGACGACACCAGCGCCUGCGCCUCCCUGGUCGUGCUCAGCUACCCGGCCCUCCAGGUGCUGUACGAGGAUUGCCGGAUGGUGGCCGUCACUGCCCCCUACGUGGCCGGAUUCCUGGCCUUCCGAGAGGUCCCUUUCCUGGUGGAAGCUGUUCAGAGACUUCAGCAGGAGGAGCCCAAGCUCAGACCUCAGGUGCUUCUGGUAGAUGGGAAUGGGCUGCUCCAUCACAGAGGAUUUGGUGUGGCCUGUCACCUCGGAGUCCUGACAGAUCUGCCGUGCAUUGGAGUGGCCAAGAACCUCCUGCAGGUGGAUGGCUUGGCCAGGGACGAGCUGCACAGGGAGCAGAUUCGUUCCCUGCAGAGGUCAGGAGAUACAUUCCCGUUGACAGGCACUUCAGGGAGAGUCCUGGGCAUGGUGCUGCGGAGCUACAACAACAGCUCGAAGCCCCUGUACAUCUCCGUGGGGCACAGGGUGAGCCUGGACACAGCCGUGCGCCUCGUCAGGUCCUGCUGCAGGUACCGCGUCCCGGAGCCCAUCCGGCAGGCUGACAUCAGAUCGAGGGAGUACAUUCGGAAGCAGCUGUGUGCACCACUGGAGGUCAGACCUGCCAGGCCAGAGAGCAGCAAAAAGGAGACUGAACUGGAGGAUGAGUCUGAUACCUGAAGAACCUGCAGGGCUCCUCUUCGCUGGAUCCUCUCCCUCAAGGCUCCGUCCUGUCGAUGGCCUGGUGCCAUCCUGGGGGGCAGAGCCGUGCCAGGCCAUGUCUCUUGGGACAGUACCAGCCCUGUGCAUGCCCUGGUGGACUGAACUGGCAGAGCAGCUUCUGCUCAAGGAUAGUCCUUGCAGCGGUGUCUCAGGGUUUGGUUUUGAGUAUUGUUAAAAUCUUUGUGUAAGCAAA